AUGCAGGAGCUGGUGGCUGGCGUGGAGAAGAUCAGGCUUGACUCGGAGGCUGAUGUGGAGGAACUCAGAGCUCGGCCCCUGCCCUUCCCGGGGGUGGACAGUGUGCAGGGCCACCCCAAGCCCGCGGUGUGCAAGCAUUGGCUGCGAGGGCUCUGCAAGAGGGGCGAAGGCUGCGAAUUCCUGCACGACUACGAUGCCACCAGGAUGCCCGAGUGCUAUUUCUACUCCAAGUUCGGUGAGUGCAGCAGCAAGGACUGUCCCUUCCUGCACGUCGGUGCCACCGCCAGCACCGUGCGCUGUCCCUGGUACGACCGUGGCUUCUGCUGGCAGGGUCCCCUGUGCAAGUACAAGCACACGAGGAGGGUGAUGUGUGCCAACUACCUGGUGGGCUUCUGCCCGGAGGGACCCAAGUGCAAGUUCGUGCAGAAGCUGGAUGUCCUUGGGGGCUGGUACAGAGGGAUCUGGCUGCUGCAGAGGAGAGGGGAGGCAUAG